AUGACGUGGAAAGAGUUGAAACAGCAGAACGCGUUACAUACCUCUCUCUCCGACCGUGCGCAGAACUGGCUGUUCUGUGGAGUACCGAAGGAACAUGUUUCUUCCUUCCGCAGCCUUCUCAAAUCGUCAAACAUCGGCGACGCUGUGGUCGUGGAAGCCGGCUGCAUAGAACCAGAUAGCCCACUUCCGUCUUUGCCUUCUGGGCGUAUAGAGAGCGUUGUAUUCGUUGGUGGCCUGUGGAGGACAUCCUCCUCCACAGCAUGCCUUGACGAACUACGGGCUGUGCUCCUUGCCUACUCAAGAUCAGCGCAAAGCGACCCGGAAUUCAGACCUCCAUUCUGUGCCAUUGUAAACUGCAGCAAUAGCUCUUUUGGCAUUCCUACUCAGCAUAAUCCCAACAAGCACGGCGCCGACUUCGACAUCAGGCAGGCAGGGCUUCUAGGAAUGUGCCGUACAAGUCGCCUGGAAGUUCAAAGACUUUGUAAGAGACCGUUCCAAAUGCUAUAUGUGAAUGUUGAAGAUGAUUCAGCGGGAUGCCUCAGCAAGGCUUGGAGCUGGAUUGACACCCAGUGUGGUUUAUUGAACACGUCAUCCGCAUUGGUCGAAGAGGACGUCGUCAUCACGAGCGAUUGCCACAUGGUUCCUCGCCUUGAGCAAGUUUCAACGUCGCAGUCAGCGAACAGAAUUGCCGUCACAUCCAAAAAGUCAUACGUAGUUACUGGUGGUACUGGAGGGCUCGGCUUGAGUGUUGCAGAGUGGCUGUUAAAAAACGGUGCAGGAAUGGUUGCUCUCUUGUCAAGAAGUGGCAAGCCAGCCAAUACUUUGUUGGAUAUGCCAGCCUGGAAAACUGUUGAAGAGGGAAUGAAUGCGCAUCGGGCAGCAAUCAUGCUGUGUGACGUGGCGGAUGCUCAACGUCUCAUGGAUACGCUAUCCAAAAUCCACAAAAGCAUUCCUAUUGGAGGAAUAUUUCACUGCGCUGGAUACGAAGGUGAUGCCAGUAUUGUUGAUACUAGCCUGAGAAGCAUCGAACGCGUUUACGAGCCGAAAGCGCAUGGAGCAUGGAACUUGCAUCUCGCUUGCCAAGAAUUAGAUUUGGACCGUGACUUGGAUAUGUUUGUUCUCUUUUCCUCCAUUUCUACUUUGCCUGGAAAUGAUGCUUUAGCCACUUACGCUGCUGCCAACGCAUACUUAGAUUCGUUGUCAUACUGGCGGAGGUCGCAAGGACUUAAGGCCCAAAGCAUCCAGUGGGGACCGUGGAAUGACGUCGGUAUGGUCACACGAAACGAAAAGCUUGAUAGGGUAUUCAAAUCACGUGGGAUCAAGCCAUUCAUGCCUGAGGAAGGCAUAAAAGUCAUGGAGAUGGCCCUAGAAACUGAGGAACCAUGCGUGUGCGCCUUGAAUGUGAACUGGAAGAAGUACUCCCAGGCAUUCGGUCACAACGCUCCGCUAGCCUUAGCAGAAAUACAGUCGGAAGAGCAAAUUCAGCCCAAGAGCACUAGGGCUGAAGGUCCGUCAAAGGAGUCUAUCGCAGCAAUAGUUAUAGAAGCUGCAGAAUCGCUGGUUGACACAGACAGCCGAAUCAGCCCAGAUACCCGUUUGGAUGAACUUGGCCUUGACUCUUUGGGAUCUGUUGAGCUUCGAAACCUCCUUCAGGACCGUCUCGCGAUGAGUUUGCCAGCGUCAUUGCUUGUCGAAUUUGCAACCCUAGGUGAAGUCAUUGAGUACAUUGCUGAAGACCUAUGCGGGGGACAAGCUUGGGGCUCCACAACUCGAACACCUGAUCCCAAGCCUCACCUCUCAGGAGCCUCGGAGGAGGGAUUCGCGGUGAUCGGUAUGGGAUGCCGGCUUCCAGGGAAAAGUAAUUCACCAGAGGAGUUUUGGAAUAUGUUACUGGCUGAGACCGACUGUGUUGAAGACAUUCCCUGGCAACGAUUCAAUAUACAGCCACUCUUUGACCCCGAUCCUGAGGAGAACAAAUGCUAUGUAAAGGAAGCAGCCCUCCUGGAAAAUGCUCAUCUAUUUGACAAUGAGUUCUUCCAGAUGACCGAGAGCCAGGCAAGAAACAUUGAUCCUCAGCAGCGUGUCCUACUGGAAGUGGCUUACGAAACGUUCGUCGAUGCGCAAUACAAGCGGGAAGAGGUGAAAGGCCAGGAAAUAGGGGUAUUUUGUGCAACAUACACCAAUGACUAUCAUUUGUCCAGUCUGACCAAAGGUGAAAACGGUAUUCUUGCUAUUGGAGAAGGGGUGGAUGGUGGCGUACCCCGCUUAGGCGAAGCAUCCGGAUACCCUGAGCCAGGAAGCUUGAUGUGCUUGAUCCCGAACAGGAUAUCCUAUUCAUUCGGGCUUAUCGGACCCAGCAUAGGUGUUGACACCGCGUGUGCUUCAGGUCUAGUAGCCCUGGAUACAGCGGUUAUGAAGUUGAGGCUUUCAGCCUGCACAAAAGCGUUUGUUGGUGCAGUAAGUUUGAUUCUUGUUCCUUGCUUCUUCUUGGGUGGCAGCAAAACACGACAAUUUGCAAAAUCUGGAAGGUGCCGCACAUUUGAUGCUGCAGCAGAUGGCCUUGUGCGUGGCGAGGGGGCUGCUGGAAUCUUGCUUGCACCGUUAUCUGCUGCACGGUCAGAGUCGAAAUUUGUGCAUGCUAUUGUGCGUGGCACGGCAAUAUCUCAUUAUGGGCGGGGUGCACGUUUGACAGCCCCAAAUACUAGAGCUCUUGCCAGAGUUAUGAACCUAGCGCUAAAUGACGGUGGCGUUGACCAAAAAAUGGUGAGGUGCUACGAGGCGCACGGCACAGCAACAGUUCUUGGAGACAUUAUAGAGAUGAAUGCACUCAAGCAAGUGUUUGAAGACCGUCCAAAAGAAACUCCACUAAUCGUGGGCACUGCACACAACAACAUCGGACACCUUGAUUCGGCAGCGGCUUUAGUUGCAUUCAUAAAAACCGUUCUCUCCCUAAAGCAUCGUUAUGUGCCACCGAAUAUCCAGUUCAACAAGAUGCACCCAGACAUUACUGCUUUUGACACAAGCAGGAUAGUUUACGUCCGGGAAGGUCAAGCCAUCCGCACGGCGGAUAACCAGACAAAAAUAUUCGGUGCCAACCUUGCAUAUGGUCUGGGUGGUACAGUAGUGGCCGCGAUAACCGAAGAGGGUGACGAUCCUGCAAAAGCUCCACAGGUAACGCGUCAUGUUUGGAAGCACAAUUCCUUCCCUCUAGAUUCUCAGAAAUUUGUCUUCUUAUUGGGCGCCGCAGCACUGCUGGCCCAAGAUAGGAAGCAGACUCCUCGAGACGAUGUAGCCUGUCUGGUCGGCUGCAUCUGCAAGAACAUGUUGACUAGGCAGAACCUGGCAUCUUUGAGCCCUUGCAUACCCCCUGACUUGGUUUCCGAGAUCUUUUUAACGGGAGCGACGGGGCUCACUGGCAGCCAGAUCCUGCUAAGUCUGCUGGAACAGCAAAUUGACUGCGGAAGGGAUGGACAGAAACGGUUCCCUCGGAUAUACUGUCUGGUCCAAGCUCGAGACCGCAUGCAUGCCAUGUAUAGAAUUGUGGAUGCUGUCAUAGGGAGAGGCGGUCAGUGGAAGCAACGCUAUUUCGAACAGGUCGUGCCAGUUGUCGGAGAUUUGAGAGCGCCAAGGCUUGGCCUGUCUCAGAAGACGUUUGAUGCACUGACGAGCACAGUCGAGGCAGUUUACCAUGCUGGAAGGGUUGUAGACUUUGCACUUCCCUACGAAGCAAUACGUAAAGCCAACGUCCUGUCUCUUCUCCCUCUUGUCGAGAUGUGCACAACAGGAAAGGCUAAGCACCUUCACGUGCUGUCAGACUUUGCAGCACACAUUCAGUACUUUGCAGCAUUUGCCGGUGACCUCAACCAACCAAUAUCAGAAGAGCUAUCUGUUUCGCAGCCGUUGAUGGACAGGAUGGAGAACCAAAUGCCGGCGAGCAUCAUGGGCUACCCUUGGGCACGCUGGGCUGUUGAAGAGGUACUUGCGAAGUGUCAGGAUUGGAUAGACAAGCUGCAUGCAUCAGCAGCUGACGACCUACAAGACGCCAAAACAAAAUUCAACUUUACGAUAUACAGGCUUCCAAAUUCUGCAGUGUAUUUCAAUAAUGGCAGAGUUGAGUUCUUGAACCCAUUCUUUGCAAUUACAAUGACUGCGCUGCAACAGGGCGUCGUCCCUCCAGGCGUUUUACCCGUAGGGCCUCCUUUCCUAACCACGCCCAUUGAUAUUUCAGCCGAUAUAUUGGUUAGAAUUUCCAGGCGCCUCCACCGUCCAACUGUCAUUCACAUUGUCAACCCGGUUGGGGUCCGAAGGGAAGCUCUGAACCAAACGUUGCUUGCUCUCAAGAUUCCAUUCCGAGAGUCGUGCGAAGAUGAAUUCCUUCGAGGAAUCGAAAAAAAUCAAAAUAGUUCAGCUGCAUACACACUGCUUCCUGUGAUGCGCUUCUGGAGGCUUUACUGGUUCUCUGAAGACCUUGACAGGAAGGAUGCCUUCCCGAUUGUCACCGCAAAUAUAGAGGCUUGCCUUCCCAAUGCUUUAAAGCAGUUCCCGCAUCCGAGCGAAGUCUGGACGAGAAUGCUUGCUUACUGGUAA